AAACAGGCUCCUCAACACAUGAAGCUCAGAGCUCAGGAGAAGCACGAGACUAUUUCAUCUCUUCAGUCAACACACCUAAAAUUAAAUUCAUUUUUUGAUUAUUACAGGAGAGUGAUAUAAGAUGUCUACCUCGCUGAUGCAGUUGGUCUGCUUUUCUUUAGUGCUGUCCAUGUGGUCUACUGUAUACUGCUGGUCUUACCACGCGUCGAACGACACAAUGAACUGGGAAUCAGCCAGAAAAUGGUGCAGGGAACAUUUUACUGACAUGGUGGCAAUUCAGAACCAAGAGGAGAUUGAGCACCUGAAAACUCUGCUGCCCAGGAGGAGAGGCUACUACUGGAUUGGGAUUCGCAAGGUUAAUAAUGUCUGGACCUGGGUUGGAACCAACAAACCACUGACAAAAGAGGCAGAAAACUGGGCAACCAAUGAACCAAAUGGGGACAGGCUGCAAACAUCGAGCCAAGCGGAGGAUUGUGUUGAGAUGUACAUUAAAAGGGAGGUGGAUGAAGGAAAGUGGAAUGAUGAGAUGUGCUCAAAAAGUAAAACUGCGUUGUGUUAUACAGCGUCCUGUAAAACGGAUUCAUGCCUCCAUGGUGAAUGUGUGGAGACCAUCAACAGCCACAUGUGCAAAUGCAAUCCAGGUUUUUAUGGAGACAAGUGUGAGCAAGUUGUAGAAUGUGACAAAGAUGCAGUGAUCCCCCCCCAAAAAGGAAGGGUUGAUUGCAUCCAUAAGUACGGGAACUUCUCCUAUGACUCGCUGUGCCAGUAUUCCUGUGAGGAAGGAUACCAACCAACUCUGUCAGAACCUCAGAGAUGCCUUGCAACAAAGGACUGGUCCAGUCAGGCUCCUACGUGUGAAUUGGUUCGGUGUCAGGAACUCUCUGCUCCUGCAAGAGGAUCAGUCAAUUGUUCUGACCCCCUGGAAAAAUUCAGCUAUCUUUCAAGCUGCAGCUUUACCUGUGAGGAAGGAUACCAACUGGAUGAUUCCUCCUUCUUUACUCUACAAUGUGAAUCAUCGGGGAAAUGGAACACAUCAAAGCCAUCGUGUGUCGCUGUUCAGUGUCCUGCUCUUCAGGAUCCAGACAAUGGUUUUAUGAGCUGUGAAGACAUGACUUUCAGCUAUACAAAGUCCUGCAGCUUCAGAUGUUCCCCUGGCUAUCGCCUUGUGGGACCAAGCAGGGUCACAUGCACAGCAGCAGCCGAAUGGAGUGAGCAGGUGCCACACUGUGAAGCCAUAACUUGUCAGAAUCCGGGAACAGGAGAUAAUCUGAUCCUUCAGUGCAUUGAAUCACUGAGAGUCAACUCUUCCUGUAAUUUCAUCUGCGAACCAGGCUUUAAACUGCAGGGAGAGAAAAGCAUUCAGUGUUCUGAGGAUGGUCAGUGGAGUCAUGCUACGCCCACCUGCAAAGCUGUCCAGUGUCCCGCCCUCCAGGAUUUAGUAAACGGAGUUCUAAACUGUGAAGAUGAAACUGAGAUGAAAUUCAGCUACAGAAAGACCUGUAGCUUCAUCUGUGCGCCAGGCUUUAAACUCCAGGGGGCGCAAAGCAUUAAAUGUUCUGAAGAUGGAGAGUGGAGCUUUGCCACACCUUCCUGUGAAGCUGUCCAGUGUCCUGCUCUUCAGGAUCCAGACAAUGGUUUUAUGAGCUGCGAGGACAGAAGUUUCAGCUUUACAAAGUCCUGCAGCUUCAGAUGUUCCCCUGGCUAUCACCUGGUGGGACCAAGCAGGGUCACAUGCACAGCAGCAGCUGAAUGGAGUGAGCAGGUGCCACACUGUGAAGCCAUAACUUGUCAAAAUCCGGGAACAGGAGAUAAUCUGAUCCCUCAGUGCAGUGAAUCACUGAGAGUCAACUCUUCCUGUAGCUUCAGCUGCGAACCAGGCUUUAAACUGCAGGGAGAGAAAAGCAUUCAGUGUUCUGAGGAUGGUCAGUGGAGUCAUGCCACGCCCACCUGCAAAGCUGUCCAGUGUCCCGCCCUCCAGGAUUUAGAAAACGGUGUUCUAAACUGUGAAGAUAAAACUGAGAUGAAAUUCAGCUACAGAAAGAUCUGUAGCUUCAUCUGUGCACCAGGCUUUAAACUCCAGGGGGCGCAAAGCAUUAAAUGUUCUGAAGAUGGAGAGUGGAGCGAUGCCACACCUUCCUGUGAAGCUGUCCAGUGUCCUGCUCUUCAGGAUCCAGAAAAUGGUUUUAUGAGCUGCGAGGACAGAAGUUUCAGCUUUACAAAGUCCUGCAGCUUUAGAUGUUCUCCUGGCUAUCACCUGGUGGGACCAAGCAGGGUCACAUGCACAGCAGCAGCUGAAUGGAGUGAGCAGGUGCCACACUGUGAAGCUGUCAAGUGCCCUCUUCUUGAAGAGCCUGAAAAUGGUCGUAUGAAUUGCACAGACAGCCUGCAGGCUUUCAACUCUACAUGUUCCUUCAGAUGCAAUCCAGAUUUCCUAUUAGAUGGACACGAGAUCCUGACUUGUAAUCGUCGUGGCACUUGGACCGAAAAGAAACCCACUUGUCGAGCUGCUCCAGUUUCUGCCACUGUUGUUACUGGUGGGGUUGCAGCAGGGGGCACCGCCUUAGUAUCCGGUCUGUCUCUGGCUAUGUGGGUUAUGAAAAAACUGAAGCAGAGAGCCUCCAAGUUUGAGCUGAACAGCAGCUCCGAGGUGGAGGCACCACUCCAGGUCUACAAAAACAGCAUCGACAGUCUCAUCUAAGCAUCAACUU